AUGUCUUCGCGCAAUGACACUCUGAACCUAUCGCAUGCGAACAGCGGCGCACGCUCUCACGAUCGUUCGAACGCCCUUUCGUUUGAUGAUGUCCCAUCGGCCCAAGAAAUCCCGAUCAGCACCGAUCACAAGCAUUUGCCAGCUCACACCAAAAUCGUAAAACAAGAUAGAUUCAGAGCCUCAGGUCGGCCACGGAAUAUUGUUGACAAUGAUGAUCACGACGACGAAGACGGUGAUGGCUCGACCGUAAUUUCUGAGCUUGAGGAUGAACGGCCAUGGUACAAACGACCUUCACCAUGGUGGAUACUCCUCAUGUCUGGUUUUGUGACUUGCGUAACGUCAAUGACCGUUGCCGCGAAAACAGAGAUCUUUAUCCUCCUCGCGUGCGAAGAGUACAGAGGAAUUGCUUCCCCGCUCACCGCUCUGCCCAUUGACAACAGUAAUAGACCUAUUUCUCCCGGUCAUACUUCCGCUCCGUGGCAGCGUCCAGAAUCGAGUUUUACUGUUUUCUUUGGCGAUGGGGGAAUGCCCCCUCAGUAUGAAGCCAAAAUUCCGCGUCCUACAUCACAGUGUCGGUCAGAUCCGGAAGUUGGCCGUCGUGUCGCGGAGCUGGGAACGAUGGUCUCUCUGGUGUUGGGACUUCUUUCUGUUUUGACGACUGGAUUUUGGUCAAAACUGUCAGAUAGCAAGGGACGCACAUGGGUUCUCAGAUUUGUUGCUCUGGGAUCGGUCUUAUCAGACAUCAACUUCUUCGCCGUCACGCUUCAUUCUCGCAAGAUUGCCGGCGGCUAUGAUCGAUUCGUAUGGAGCUCCGUCGCUGACGGGCUGGUUGGGGGGGCCAUGACGAGGUCGGCAGCAGCGCAUGCCUAUGUCAGUGAUUGCGCCGACCCGACAGCCAGGUCCCGUAUGUUCUCUCUCUACGUGGGCAUUGGACAUGUAGGGAUGUCAGUCGGUCCAGCUCGAGACCUUCUUACGCCGUUCUACGUUGCUACGGCAGGCCACGUUGUCUACCUUCUGAUUAUGUGCUUCCUAAUUCCCGAAUCACUCUCUAAGCGUCAAAUGGCUAUCACCGCAGAGAAGAGAAGGGCAAGAAAUGAUGCGAGUAGGGAGAUAGCUAGAAGCUCACGUCGGACUAGCGUGCGAAUAAGGAGGGUUGCGAGGGCUUUGGGGGGGUUUCUAGAGCCUUUGAUGGUGUUUGCUCCUGUUCAUAGAGAACAGAGUGGGAGUUAUCGGAAGAGGGAUUGGAAUUUACUGUGCAUUGCUGGCGCUUCUGUAUUUGUGACAUUGCUUGUUGGCGCUCCGCAAUUCGAGUUCCAGUAUACUGCCGCGCUAUUUGAUUGGACCUCUGAAGAGAUUGGGUAUUGGGUAGCUGCUGUUCAAGUCGUCCAGUCUUUUCAUCUCGUUGUUUUACUGCCGCUGAUAACCAAGAUUUUUGGUCCAAGACAUGCUGACUUGCAUGUCCAAGAUGUUGCACCAGACGAUCGGAACCACACCAACGCGGCGAGUAGCAACAUGGAACGGGAACCGCUCAUCCAUUCAUCCGGUGGCGUCUCUCCUGCCCCCCCACGUAACUCGCGUCUCAACUCGCGUCAUGCAACUUAUAACGCUGCGUUCGAUCUUCGUAUCGCUAAGGGAUCACUGAUCGUGGAUAUGAUCUCUGCCUUUUUGACAAGUUUCGCCCCCGGACCUCGGACAUUCAGUGUUGCAACGCUCCUUUCGUCGCUCGGCGUCGGAUUUAAACCUGUCCAUCUGAGUUUGGCGUUGUCGCUUAUGCCAAGGGGCAGUGCUGAUGCUGGGAAGCUCUUUGGUGCAUUUGCAGUCAUGAGGUCUUUGGGCCACAUUGCUGGAUCUGCCGUAUUUGGUACAACCUACAUUCUGACUCAUUUCUGGCUUCCGCAAGGGAUAUUUUGGCUAUCCUUUCUCAUUUCUUCUGUUGCUCUCAUGCUGUUGUCAUUCAUUAGACUUCCUCCCGCUCUACCACAUAGCGCGGGCGUUCCCUAG